AUGAGUGAAGGCGAUCAUGCGUGGAGCACGGACAUGUUGGAAGUCAGUGGCAUAUGGGUAGGGGAGGUUGGCGAUGGUCCACUCGUUCCUCUCACCUACUGUGAUGAAAAUGACAUCCACAAGAAGCUUGAUCUCGGCCUGAACAUGAUCAAUAAGGAGACUGAUGGUCUGCCCCUAGUCGAAGAUGUUGAAAGAUGGGAGCUGCAUGGCUCGGACCUAGGUGAUCUGCCAGUUGAGCGGGAGAAGUCCUUAACCAAGCUUCCUCAUUCUUCCACGAGCAAGUCUUCCGUAAGGGGGUCUCGUCUGCUGGGAAUGUCCCUAUGA